CCGGGCCCGCGCUGCCGGCGGACAAGAUGGCGGCUCCCAUGGAGCUGAGCUGCUGGGGAGGUGACUGGGGGCUGCCGUCUCUCCAUCCGGAGUCUCUGACCGUCAUGGCUUAUGCUAAAUUUGCUGGAGCUCCUCUGACAGUGAAUACUAUAAAUAAUUCCUGGAGCACUCCAAAAGCAGACGUACCAGUCCUUAUAUCAGAAGACACUGUUAUUUCUCAGCCAGCAAAAAUACUAAACUUCUUAAGAAAGCAGAGAUACAAUGCUGAUUAUGAAUUGUCUGCGAAACAAGGAGCUGAUACACUGGCUUAUAUUGCACUACUUGAAGAGAAACUGCUUCCUGCCCUGCUGCACACUUUUUGGGUCGAGGCUGAAAAUUACUGCAGUGUAACAAAACCGUGGUUUGCCUCAAGGAUUCCCUUCCCACUAAGUUUGUAUCUGCCUGGAAAGAUGUCCAGGGAAGCACUCAACAGGAUCUUGCUGACCAGAGGAGGCCCUCCUCUCUACAGUCUCACUGAAGUGGAAGCACAGAUAUACAGGGAUGCCAAGGAGUGCCUAAAUCUCCUGUCAAAGAGAUUGGGAACAUCUCCGUUUUUCUUUGGAAAUACACCUACUACCUUGGAUGCCUUCGUGUUUGGUUUCCUUGCACCAGUUUAUAAAGUGUGCUUCCCUAGAGUACAAUUACAAGAGCAUUUGAAACAGCUUACCAACCUGUGUCGCUUCUGUGAUGAUAUUUUAACCUGCUAUUUCAAGUUAACUGUUACAGGCCAUUCUCCAUCUGGACAGGAUACAGCAGAUGCUAAUCUGCAGAAACUCACACAGCUUGUAAAUAAGGAAUCCAACUUGAUUGAAAAGAUCCGGCUCUCAUUAUUUCUCUGCAGAUGGAUGACAACCUUCGUAAGAGUCCUCAGCACCCCCCUCGGAAGAUAACAACACUGAAGCUUGCUGCAGGUGGAGAAGAAAGCAGUCCACUGAAUCGUUUGUCACCUUGACAGCUUUUGUUGCACACGCACACUUGCUUGCCUUCAAUUCUUCUGAAUAUCACAGCAAUUUUUCUCAUGAAUGUGGUUUUACAAGGGAAUAAUCUAGAAAUGGGUUAAGUAUGGACGAAACACGGCUUUACAAUGUCCUGUCUGUUAUUUUUAAGAAAACUAGUAGUUCAGGCUUACUGUACACUAAGCUAAAACUCAAGUAUUGCACAAGGGGCUUAUUCCUGCAGACAUUAAAGUGAUUUUGUACAGCAGAGUUAACAUUAGCAGGAAUGUUGACCAAAAAUUAAAAUGCAAUUUUUACAGAGUUCCAGUGCAUUUAUAGAAGUUUCACUGUUGUUUUAGUUUAUGGCUUUUGAUUUACUGUAAUCACAUUAUUGUAUGUUAGUGGGUAUACUGUUGUAUCUUUCCAAAAGUUACGAAGUCUAGUUGUAGAAUUGGUGAGAAUACUGAAAGAGAAUGAAGUGUUACCCAUCUUUGCAGGUGAGAAGUGAAAAAAAAUGACAGGAAGUUAUAUACUCUUGAUUGUGAGUAUGUGAGUGUUCACAUUCAUGAACACUCUUGUGUUUUAAGGGUGUUUGCAUUUUUGAAAGCUUGUUGAGCUGUACUUUAACAGAAAAUGUUGAGAAGCUUGUGUGCCAUGAAGAGUAUAGUGACAGAGAGUUUAACAUUUUACGGAUAACUCAUGGAAUCAUAGAAUGGCCUGGGUUGAAAAGGACCACAAAGAUCAUCUAGUUUCAACUCCCUGCUAUAUGCAUGGUCUCCAGCCACCAAACCAAGCUGCUCAGAGCCACAUCCAGCCUGGUCUUGAAUGCUCCAGGGAUGAGGCAUCCACAACCUUCUUGGGCAACCUGUUCCAGUGAACUCAUAUUAGUUCUGUGUGAAACUGGCUUCACCUGUGUACAGGAUAAUACCAUAGGCCAGAAAACUGUAAGUCAAAAUUGCAUAGGAUUGGUGGUGAGGUAGAGAGGUUUGAUUUGCUCUUAUUAGGAUAAGUGACUUGUCUAGUAAAUAUACUGUGGAUCUGGAUUGAAUUGAACCAGUUAGACUUUGUAAAACAGCCAGUUUAGGCUUUUGCAUUUGUCACAGAUACCUCUAACUUGUUUUCUAAACACUGUUGUUCAUUGAAAAAUGAUAAUACAGGACAUCUAAAUUUUAUUGUUUGACAGUAUAGUUCAGAGUUCUUUUAUCUCUGCAAACUGUAAUGUGUUGUAGUACAUAGUUAUUCUGUAUAAUUAAGGAACUUGGGUCUCAUUACACUUAGUAGCAACAUUUCCUGUUCAAUUGUCCCAGUCAAUUCUGUCACAAGAAGGCUGCUGUGAUGCCGUGUUGGUAAUGUAGUGGUAGGUGCUUCAGGAUUGAUGUAAUCAGAAUUAGUCACAAGGAUUGACCAAAAUGGCAGCACUGGGGAUACAUAAUUCUUGUGACUGUACGGGAUGAUUCUUCUGAUUUCUAUUUUUUUUCUGGCAGAAUCAGGGUCUCUUAGAAUCCCUUUGCUAUUAGUCACAUUUGAGAUACGAAUUUAAAUUAUUUACUAUUUAUACUGAUGACUGUAGAUUGUGUAUAUAAUGUUCUUUCAAAUUCUGUUUAAGGAAUGUAGUAAUCUUCAACAUGUCCUAAUUACAACUAAAAUGUUGGGUAUUUAAUGAGCACUUUAAGGUUUAAGCUUUUGCUUGUAUUAGAAUAUUUGUUUCAGUGAUUUUGAAAUGAGUUUAGCACAUAUUCGUGGUAAUUGUGAAUAAACUGACAAUCUAGUAUAUAUAAAAGUAAAUAAAAUGCUUGAAGUCUUUACUGCUUGACAGGUUUAAAUGAGAUCAGGUCACAGUGCUUUUCAGUGUCUUUUAUUUAUGAACAUGGAUAUGGAGAAUAUGCCUUAUUCUGUUGCUGUUGUGAAUAUGUACACUUAGUCUUUAAAAUCUCUUUGUAAAACGGUCAUUGUUCCAAGAUUAAAAUUUUAGACAUUUGUUGGA